CAUUUUCGUAACUUCGCAAAGGUAGGCCUGAGUUUCUGUGGACUCGUGUGAUACAUUUUUGAAUAAAAAUGGCGGCCACAUUACCCCCAAUUCCAGGUGCGCCAGGAAGCGGUGGAAACAUGAUGCGAGGAACCCGUCUUCAUCAAUACAAUGUUCCAGCACCUCCACCAAAACCAAAUAAUAGACAGAUUCUCAGACCAAUACAAAAAUUUCAGAGCAAAAAGGAACGAGAAGCAUUUGCCAAAAGAAAUGAGUUAAGAAGUCAACAGCCACUUCUUACAAAAGCACAAACCUCAGAGUACCGGAACAGCUACAAGCACAAUUUAUGCCUGGACAUGCUUGCGGAAGGCUAUCACAAGUCUUAUGGUGAACUGUUCGCAUUGAUGAAAAGUCAGCAGGAUGAGCGAUUGUCAGCUGGUCCAGAGUCACUCCUGUGGACUUUACCUCAAUUGGAAGACCAGCAUGAAAAACUGGACAUGUUAAAACGGCACCUCACUGUGGCAGAGAAGGCAUCAAGAAAAGAUGACUAUGCAACCAUGUACUCAGCACGUUUUGAAUUGGCUAAAUACUUCCAGAUGACAGGAGAUAAAUGGUUGGUUGACCAUUUCUUUAACUCCUGUCUGACAGUCAGUAGUCAGGUACAAGGCGAUGGAGGCAAGAUGUUAGCACAGGGUCAUUGCAAUGUUGGAUUAGCCUUGGAGCAAAAUGGUGAUAUAUUUGGCGCAGUACAGCAUUUUGAAGCCUACUACAAACUGGCGUCCGAGAACACAGAGUGGGAAGGAAAAGAUGGUGUGACAUUGCUGACUGAUGCAUGCAUCAACAUGUACAGAAUCUACACCACUUUUGGCAACAAGAUUGAAGCAGAUGAUCCUCAUCAGUCCUUGUCCAGUUUCCAGAAGGCUUAUUCAAUGGCCAAACAAAGUGGAGAAAGAAAGUCAGCUGGGGAAGCUGCAUACAGACUUGGCCUAGCCUAUCAGAGGACAGGAGACAAUGCAACUGCCUUACAGCAUUUGACAUCCUUUUUUGAAGUGUGUAAGAUGACUCAAGAUUAUGAAGGCGUUGGGAGAGCCUGUAACUCAAUAGCAGAGUCACACAAAUGUGAUGGAGACAUUGCAGAAUGCAUCCGUUAUCUCCAGAUGUUUGUGGAGGUAUCUGAGGAACAUCAACUGGAGAAGGCCUAUAGCAAAGCCUGUCAUAACCUUGGGGCCUUGUACAACACAUUGGGGCGGUACAAAGAAGCUGCAGAAUACUUCAGUAAGGCCUACAACCUGUCCAGGGCUCACAAUGACCCUGUCUCCAUCGGCCUAAACAGGGUACAGUUUGGUAUAGCCAUGGCCCACAAGAUGCUGGGUGGAUUCUCAUCUCAUAUUAUAGCACAAAAUCGUACCUGUUUGGAGAGAUUGGGGGAGUGGAAAAGCUCACGGAUGGAUCAGGUAGCUAAUGGGCUUCCAGUGACAGAACAAAGUGAAAAAGACACAGUCGAGGAAAACAGAGUAACUCCCCAAGCAGAAAACCCAGAGGAAAAUUCUACAGCUCAGGAGAGCACAGAGGAGAAACCAGCUGCAGAGGAGAGUGCGACUUCAUAGUAGCUGUGUUCAGGUGGACAUUCAAUAUAGCAUGUGAAUAUAAAUCUUUACUAUUUGCAGACAGAAAACUUUCUGACAUGGACCUUUUGAGAAUAGUUGGAUGCGUUACCAGGGAAGCGAGACGUGGAGUAUCAUCCUUCAUAGUUCUAAGUCAGUUUUACCACUUGGGUAUAACAGUAUUUAUGUUUGGAAGUUGCUCUUUCUUCUGGUGAGAUAAUGAAUGAGCAAUCCCUCUGAAUACUCUUGCAGGUCACCUAAGCACCGUCCCUGUGACUUGUACCUCAUGAAGAUGUGGUUUAUACAUUUUCUCGACAUCCUGGUACACAAAAUAGUAUGCCUUUUUCUCUGUAAACUUCUCUGGUGAAGUGUGAGGGAUUGCCUUUGCAUAUCAUCACUACUGUGAUACUGGAUCAUUUACAAUUCAAAAAGCUUAUGAUGCACAAAGAUUGACUUGUGAUAUAUAUAUAUGUUUACACAUGAUGAAAAUUGUUUGGUCGCAUGUUAAUUGGAUAUUGAAUGGAUGUUCUCUGUCAAGUGGCAAAGCAAAAUAAUUUUAUUAUAAUACAGAAACUUUGGUGAAUAUAGUGAAAACUAAUAUAUAUACAGUUCACUUUGCUCACAUUUUUUCUCAGCUUUUCAGUGAUUGUAAUUAUUUAGUGUUAUAUUGUUAUUUAUUUGUGUAUAUAUCAAAGAAAUAAAUGUUUUGUAAAGUAUA